UAGUUGUCGUUCCCCAAAUAUUGUGAAAAUCAAAAAAUAAUUAAAUAAAUGGAUUAAAAAGCAUUAAAAUGGCUAAAGAAUAUGACUAUUUGUUAAAAGUGUUAUUAGUAGGUGAUCAGGAUGUUGGGAAAACCGAAAUAUUAAAUAAUUUGGAUCAAGAUCCGACAAAUGAAGAAGCAACAUACAAAACAACAAUCAUACUUUUAGAUGGUAAACGAGUAAAACUACAGAUAUGGGAUGCAAGUGGACAAGGAAGGUUUUGUACAAUAAUUAGAAGCUAUUCGAGAGGCGCUCAAGGCAUAAUUCUAGUGUAUGAUAUAACAAAUAAGUGGAGUUUCCAAGGAAUUAAUAGGUGGCUAAAGGAAGUAGAUGAGCAUGCACCUGGAAUUCCGAAAGUCUUAGUUGGAAAUCGUUUGCAUCUUGCAUUCAAAAGACAAGUUGCAGCUAGACAGGCAGAAAUGUAUGCAAGUCGCCAUAAAAUGGCAUGUUUUGAGAUUUCUCCUUUAUGCGAUUUCAAUAUUAGAGAGUCAUUCUGUGAAUUGGCAAGAAUGGCUUUACACAGAAAUGGUAUGGAAAGAAUAUGGAGAACAAAUAAAGUCCUUUCACUUCAAGAGUUGUGCUGUCGAACAAUCGUGCGACGGAUUCGAAGUGUCUAUUCAAUUGAUACUCUUCCUUUACCAGCAUCAGUCAAAUCUCAUCUUAAAUCCUACGCGCUAACAAGUACACAUAAUAACUUUUAUAUGAACAACAACAACAAUAUUAAUUGUAAUAGUGCAAAAAAUAUAACAUGUAAGUCUCCAACUAGUAGUAAGUUUAGUGCAAAGAAUAAUUGCAGCAUAUCGUGAUCUGUAAAUGGUAUAUCUUUAUUUUUCUUUCAUUUCAUCUAAAUUAUAUAUUUUUCUUAAACAUUGAGAUCACGUCUCAAAUGUUUCUGUACUUUCAUCCUUAAAAUUGGAACAAAUCUUACUUAUCUU